UGUGCUGACGUCUACAUGGAGGAUGGUCAUAUCAAACAAAUUGGCGAGAACUUGAUAGUGCCCGGUGGGGUGAAGACCAUCGAUGCCCACGGGCGCAUGUUGAUGCCAGGGGGCAUUGAUGUGCACACACGCUUCCAGAUGCCCGACCGAGGCAUGACCUCGGUGGACGACUUCUACCAGGGCACCCGCGCCGCUCUGGCAGGGGGCACUACCAUGAUCAUUGACCACGUGGUUCCGGAACCCGGGGUCAGUUUGCUGUCUGCCUUUGAGCAGUGGCGUGAGUGGGCGGACAGCAAGUCGUGCUGUGACUACUCUCUACAUGUGGACAUCACUGAGUGGCACAAGGGAGUCCAGGAGGAGAUGGAGGCCCUUGUCAAGGACCACGGUGUCAACUCUUUCCUUGUCUAUCUGGCUUAUAAGGAUGUUUUCCAGCUUGCUGACUCUCAGGUCUAUGAGGUGUUCAGUGUGAUCCGGGACCUGGGGGCCAUCGCUCAGGUCCAUGCUGAGAAUGGAGACAUUGUGGCUGAGGAGCAGCGUCGUAUCCUGGAGCAGGGCAUCACUGGACCUGAGGGACACGCCUUGAGCCGUCCUGAAGAGGUGGAGGCAGAGGCUGUCAAUCGUUCUGUGACAGUAGCCAAUCAGACCAACUGUCCCCUCUACAUCACUAAGGUGAUGAGCAAGAGUGCUGCUGAUGUCAUCGCUCAGGCCAGGAAGAAGGGCACGGUGGUGUACGGGGAGCCAAUCACUGCCAGCCUGGGCACAGACGGCUCACACUAUUGGAGCAAGAACUGGGCCAAGGCCGCCGCCUUCAUCACGUCCCCGCCCCUCAGCCCAGACCCGACCACGCCCGACUAUCUCAGCUCCCUGCUCUCCUGUGGAGACCUUCAGGUGACUGGCAGUGCCCACUGCACCUUCAACACUGCCCAGCGCGCCGUGGGCAAAGACGACUUCACCCUCAUCCCCGAGGGUACCAACGGCACUGAGGAGAGAAUGUCCCUCAUCUGGGACAAGUGUGUGGUGACAGGUAAAAUGGAUGAGAACCAGUUUGUGGCGGUCACCAGCACCAACGCUGCUAAGAUCUUCAACCUGUACCCCCGUAAGGGCCGCAUCGCUGUGGGCUCUGACGCCGACCUGGUACUCUGGGACCCAGACGUCACCAAGAUCAUCUCAGCCAAGAGCCACAACUCGAAUGUGGAGUACAACAUCUUUGAGGGUGUGGAGGUGCGUGGCGCCCCCCUGGUAGUGAUCAGCCAGGGUAAGAUCGUCCUGGAGGAUGGGAACCUCCACACCACCGAGGGGUGUGGCCGCUUCGUGGGCCGGAAGCCCUUCUCUGACUACGUCUACAAGAGGAUAAAGGCCCGCAGCAGGCUGGCUGAGCUAAGGGGUGUUCCCCGGGGGCUUUAUGACGGGCCUGUCUGUGAGGUGUCAGUCACACCCAAAACUAUGACUCCUGCCUCCUCUGCCAAGACCUCUCCAGCCAAGCAGGCAGUAGCCGGCGCCCAGCCUGUCCGCAACCUGCACCAGUCAGGGUUCAGCCUAUCUGGUGCUCAAGUUGAUGACAACCUUCCUCGGCGUAACACCCAGCGCAUUGUGGAGCCACCUGGUGGCAGGGCCAACAUCACCAGCCUGGGUUAACCCCUCCCAUUGGCCACCAGGGGAAACGAGGGCUUGAGGAGAGGGGCAUCAGGGACUAGGGGCCAUUCCACCAGGAGCCAAACCAAUUCUCCCCUCCUCAAUCUCUCUCCCCCAUCUGCCGCUCCCUACAUCUCUCCCCCACUCUCUCCCCCGACACCCCACUAUAAAGGAGACACCUAUAAAAAAGAUUUGCCUCAUUUGAAGAAAAAAAGAGACGAAAACAACAGCCCUUAUUUGAGCACUUUUGACUCUAUUAUUUAGUGUUCUCCCUGUACUUUCUUCCUGCCAUGUAUCAUUUAGUUUAGUCAAGACAGUGCAUGUCGCAUUUGUACGGAGGAAGUCCAAUCUGUUUCCGUUCGUCUUUUUUCAUUUUCAAUGUAGUGUAAAUGAAGUAUGGAGACACAUGGGUAACAUGUUCUACAUCAGAUUAGUUGCGCUAACAUUAUGUAUUGAACAAACAUGGAAGAGAUAAGUUGCUUAUGCCUUCCUCAAUAUUGAUCUUUUCCUCUUUUCACUGGUUUGUGUUUGUUCUCUACUGUUUAUACAGCCUUGCCCUCCACUGUGCUUGUCAUCUCCCACACUGUUCAGUACAGCACUGGCUACGAUCAACACAAUUUAUUGACUUGUCCAUUGUUAUUGUUUAAAGCUGGUAGUAUGCUAUCCUCGUCCUCAGGUUACGGGAUGAGGCAUGAGAUUAGUAGUAAGCUGAACCACUGUUGAAAACCUUAAAGUAACUUCUCACUGGUGCACAUCUCAUGUCAUCCCACCAGUAGAUUUGUUUGAAGGAAUAAAUGGAAUGAGAAAACAUGGUCCAUAUUUAGAAGCUGCUGGUGAGCCAGGAAAGUCCAGUAGAUUAGGAGGAGUUUUGGCGGGCGGUGGAUAGAGCGCUGUCUCCCAGGGAGAGGCCUUCAUGGAACUUAACGGCCCAUGAGAGGAGAUGUGACUCAAAUUUAGGAUGUUGGGAGGAGUGUAACCGGGCGGCAGCGAAGGAAGGAAGAUUUGUCAGAAUACUAGGGAAUGCCCAAUUUUUCAUAGCCUCAUUCAACUCACCCUCUUUGCAAGAUGGUGCCACACUCGUACUCAGCUACGCUAUAGUACAGUAUGUGCCAUAUACCUCGCCUGAAGGGGAUUGUAAUCUAUCACUGUAAUGGGAUCUUUGAGAUUCAUACACCAUUUAAUUGACAGUGUUGCAGGCAGCAUCCCUCCCUCUGUUCUAGAAUGUCCCAGUACCAAACAGUACAUUCAGAAGACUGAACGUCUUUCUGCUCCCAGCCUCCUCUUUUUAAUUCAUGCACUCCCCCUUUUCCUUUUUAACUCUUUAUGUGCCUGAACCCACAGAAGUUGUACUGAUAGUUCGAUUUUGUAUUAUUCUUAUUAUGGUAAGAGAAGGAUGUAAGAUAAAAAUGUAAAAUAGCUGAUGUUAACCGAUACAAAGGUGCCAGAUUUUUGUUAUUUCGUAUUCCACUGAUAGUGCUCCUUUAAAAACAAUAAUGCUUACUUAAUAUGUUCUAAUGUUUUAGUUUUUAACUGCUGUUAUAUUUAGUGUCAUUCUGUAAGCUGUGGCCUGAGGCUGAACACUAUUCAUUUGAGCUUGAAAGUAGACCUGGAGUAUUGUAUAUCUAACUAGUGUGCAGUGUUAAUGUGUAAGGGAUGGGACACACACUGGUCCCAGUGCACCACUCCUUGGGUCUCAGACCUGGAGUGCUGGUAAUGGCCCUUUGUUUUGCAUGGUCUGGUUUUCGUUAAGGCAAAGCAGUCUGGCAGCUGUUUUCUACCUUCACUCGCAUGUCAGCGAGAUCCUGGCCUAAAAG